CGGUCUCGCGGCGAACGUCCUCGCGAGGGGGGCACGCAGGUUGAUCUUGGCUCGCGUUGUACAGAACAGUCAACACGACGUUAACCUUCUACAGCAUGGAAAGGGGCAGCGGGGGCGGGGGGAGCCUCGAGCUAGCCGGUGGCGGAGGAGGAGGCGGCGGGAACACGGAUCUCUGCCUUCAGGACCUGGUCACGGGAUCGACGGCCGGCCUGUCGGUCCAGCAUCACCAGCACUCGGCAGCGGCCGCGUCCAUGGCCGGCCUCCACGGCGACCACCUUCAAGGAACGAUGCACCACCACGAUCUUCACGGGAACUCGCACCACGACGCCUCCAUGCUGCACAAUUCGAACCAUCAGUUGCACGAGCCGUUGGAGAAGCUGAAACGUGUAUGGGCACAGGGCGACUUCCGGGACGAGGUGACCGGGGGUUUGGCAAGGCUCGAUUUGACGGGUCACGGAGCUCACACUCCCGGUGGAAGCAACCCCAGCACACCGGGCGCGACACCCACGACACCCUCCGGUGGAUUUUCUACCGCACAACCUAGGUCCCGCACGAACACGACACACAGGCCGGAUAUCCGAAAAGAUGUUGCGACACCGACAGAGGUGAAACACGAAUUGGGAGCCGGUGGAGGGGUUGUCUCCCCUGACGGUGUGGUUGGGGUAAAUAGCGCGGACGAUAAGGAUGGAAAGAAGAACAAACGCCAGAGGCGGCAGAGGACGCAUUUCACGUCCCAACAACUUCAAGAGCUCGAGGCUUUGUUCAUGAGGAAUCGGUAUCCAGAUAUGUCGACCAGGGAAGAAAUAGGUCUGUUCACCAAACUUCCAGAACCUCGUGUCAGGGUAUGGUUCAAGAACAGGCGGGCGAAGUGGCGGAAACAGACGCGGAACGCGAACACCGCGGCCGACACGGUCGAUUUCAAGCCCGGUUUCGGCGCCAGCCUGAACAGCUUCAUCGGCCAACCGUUCGCGGACCCGGACGCCCUCUACAGCUCCUACAGCCCGUACAACAAUUGGGCGGCCAAAGUGCCCUCGCCCCUGAGCAGCAAAAGCUUCCCCUGGGUGAACACCCUGGGCUCGGUGGUUCCGACGGCGUCGCACCACCAUCAUCACACCCAAGUCAGCCCCGUGAACUGUUUCAACGCCGCGGCGACGUCCGUUGCCGGGAAUCACAUGGGCGGGAUGUCCGUUUCGGUCGGCCAGGCGGCCACCUCGAUGCUGCCCGGGAUGGGGUCCGGACUGGGGGUGGCCGGCUCGCCCGUGGCGGCGACAGGCGCGGCGUGCCCUUACGCGGCACCGGCGGCGCCCCACCAUCCUUACGGGCCGUCGGUCUACACCCCGCACCACAGAACGGCCGCUGCCCCCGAGAGCUGUACCGUGAUGACCUCGAGCAGCAUCGCCUCCCUCCGGCUGAAGGCGAGGCAGCACAGCAGCGGUUACAGCCUGAGCGGGAACUCGUUCGGCAUGGACAGCACCCCGGUCUCGGCGGCAGGCAGCCCCGUUGGGUCGAGGGCCCCGUCCGUGGGCGGCGGCCCGUUGAGCGCGUGUCAGUACGCGCUGACGACCGCUGGCGAAGGAGGCAACCCUCACUCGCCGAGCAGCGCGGAGGCCCACGUGAACGCGACGGCCAGGGCCCAGGUCUGAGGCGAAGCGGGGGCUACGUCUAGCCCCCA